AUGUGUGCAUGUGUGCAUGUGUGCAUGUGGGCAUGUGUGCAUGUGUGCAUGUGGGCAUGUGGGCAUGUGUGCAUGUGGGCAUGUGUGCAUGUGGGCAUGUGUGCAUGUGGGCAUGUGGGCAUGUGUGCAUGUGGGCAUGUGUGCAUGUGGGAAUGUGGGAAUGUGGGCAUGUGGGCAUGUGUGCAUGUGUGCAUGUGGGCAUGUGGGCAUGUGUGCAUGUGUGCAUGUGGGCAUGUGGGCAUGUGUGCAUGUGUGCAUGUGGGCAUGUGGGCAUGUGGGCAUGUGGGCAUGUGUGCAUGUGGGCAUGUGGGCAUGUGUGCAUGUGGGCAUGUGGGCAUGUGGGCAUGUGUGCAUGUGUGCAUGUGGGCAUGUGGGCAUGUGUGCAUGUGUGCAUGUGGGCAUGUGGGCAUGUGGGCAUGUGGGCAUGUGUGCAUGUGGGCAUGUGGGCAUGUGUGCAUGUGGGCAUGUGGGCAUGUGUGCAUGUGGGCAUGUGUGCAUGUGGGCAUGUGGGCAUGUGUGCAUGUGGGCAUGUGGGCAUGUGUGCAUGUGUGCAUGUGGGCAUGUGGGCAUGUGGGCAUGUGGGCAUGUGUGCAUGUGGGCAUGUGGGCAUGUGUGCAUGUGGGCAUGUGUGCAUGUGGGCAUGUGUGCAUGUGGGCAUGUGGGCAUGUGUGCAUGUGUGCAUGUGGGCAUGUGGGCAUGUGUGCAUGUGGGCAUGUGUGCAUGUGGGCAUGUGGGCAUGUGUGCAUGUGGGCAUGUGGGCAUGUGUGCAUGUGUGCAUGUGGGCAUGUGGGCAUGUGGGCAUGUGGGCAUGUGUGCAUGUGGGCAUGUGGGCAUGUGUGCAUGUGUGCAUGUGGGCAUGUGGGCAUGUGUGCAUGUGGGCAUGUGUGCAUGUGGGCAUGUGGGCAUGUGGGCAUGUGGGCAUGUGUGCAUGUGGGCAUGUGUGCAUGUGGGCAUGUGGGCAUGUGUGCAUGUGGGCAUGUGGGCAUGUGUGCAUGUGUGCAUGUGGGCAUGUGGGCAUGUGGGCAUGUGGGCAUGUGUGCAUGUGGGCAUGUGGGCAUGUGUGCAUGUGUGCAUCUGGGCAUGUGGGCAUGUGUGCAUGUGGGCAUGUGUGCAUGUGGGCAUGUGGGCAUGUGUGCAUGUGGGCAUGUGGGCAUGUGUGCAUGUGUGCAUGUGGGCAUGUGGGCAUGUGUGGGCAUGUGUGCAUGUGGGCAUGUGUGCAUGUGUGCAUGUGUGCAUGUGGGCAUGUGGGCAUGUGUGCAUGUGGGCAUGUGUGCAUGUGGGCAUGUGGGCAUGUGUGCAUGUGGGCAUGUGGGCAUGUGUGCAUGUGUGCAUGUGGGCAUGUGGGCAUGUGUGCAUGUGGGCAUGUGUGCAUGUGGGCAUGUGGGCAUGUGGGCAUGUGGGCAUGUGGGCAUGUGUGCAUGUGGGCAUGUGGGCAUGUGUGCAUGUGUGCAUGUGGGCAUGUGGGCAUGUGUGCAUGUGGGCAUGUGUGCAUGUGUGCAUGUGGGCAUGUGUGCAUGUGGGCAUGUGGGCAUGUGUGCAUGUGGGCAUGUGUGCAUGUGGGCAUGUGUGCAUGUGGGCAUGUGUGCAUGUGGGCAUGUGGGCAUGUGUGCAUGUGUGCAUGUGGGCAUGUGGGCAUGUGUGCAUGUGGGCAUGUGUGCAUGUGGGCAUGUGGGCAUGUGUGCAUGUGGGCAUGUGGGCAUGUGUGCAUGUGUGCAUGUGGGCAUGUGGGCAUGUGUGCAUGUGGGCAUGUGUGCAUGUGGGCAUGUGUGCAUGUGGGCAUGUGUGCAUGUGGGCAUGUGGGCAUGUGUGCAUGUGUGCAUGUGGGAAUGUGGGCAUGUGGGCAUGUGGGCAUGUGUGCAUGUGGGCAUGUGUGCAUGUGUGCAUGUGGGCAUGUGUGCAUGUGUGCAUGUGGGCAUGUGGGCAUGUGUGCAUGUGGGCAUGUGUGCAUGUGGGCAUGUGGGCAUGUGUGCAUGUGGGCAUGUGGGCAUGUGUGCAUGUGUGCAUGUGGGCAUGUGGGCAUGUGGGCAUGUGGGCAUGUGUGCAUGUGGGCAUGUGGGCAUGUGUGCAUGUGGGCAUGUGUGCAUGUGGGCAUGUGUGCAUGUGGGCAUGUGGGCAUGUGUGCAUGUGUGCAUGUGGGCAUGUGGGCAUGUGUGCAUGUGGGCAUGUGUGCAUGUGGGCAUGUGGGCAUGUGUGCAUGUGGGCAUGUGGGCAUGUGUGCAUGUGUGCAUGUGGGCAUGUGGGCAUGUGGGCAUGUGGGCAUGUGUGCAUGUGGGCAUGUGUGCAUGUGUGCAUGUGUGCAUGUGGGCAUGUGGGCAUGUGUGCAUGUGGGCAUGUGUGCAUGUGGGCAUGUGGGCAUGUGUGCAUGUGGGCAUGUGUGCAUGUGGGCAUGUGGGCAUGUGGGCAUGUGGGCAUGUGUGCAUGUGGGCAUGUGUGCAUGUGUGCAUGUGGGCAUGUGUGCAUGUGUGCAUGUGGGCAUGUGGGCAUGUGUGCAUGUGGGCAUGUGUGCAUGUGGGCAUGUGGGCAUGUGGGCAUGUGGGCAUGUGUGCAUGUGGGCAUGUGGGCAUGUGGGCAUGUGGGCAUGUGUGCAUGUGGGCAUGUGGGCAUGUGUGCAUGUGGGCAUGUGUGCAUGUGGGCAUGUGUGCAUGUGGGCAUGUGGGCAUGUGUGCAUGUGUGCAUGUGGGCAUGUGGGCAUGUGGGCAUGUGGGCAUGUGUGCAUGUGGGCAUGUGGGCAUGUGUGCAUGUGUGCAUGUGGGCAUGUGGGCAUGUGUGCAUGUGGGCAUGUGUGCAUGUGGGCAUGUGGGCAUGUGGGCAUGUGGGCAUGUGUGCAUGUGGGCAUGUGUGCAUGUGGGCAUGUGGGCAUGUGUGCAUGUGGGCAUGUGGGCAUGUGUGCAUGUGUGCAUGUGGGCAUGUGGGCAUGUGGGCAUGUGGGCAUGUGUGCAUGUGGGCAUGUGGGCAUGUGUGCAUGUGUGCAUGUGGGCAUGUGGGCAUGUGUGCAUGUGGGCAUGUGUGCAUGUGGGCAUGUGGGCAUGUGUGCAUGUGGGCAUGUGGGCAUGUGUGCAUGUGUGCAUGUGGGCAUGUGGGCAUGUGUGCAUGUGGGCAUGUGUGCAUGUGGGCAUGUGUGCAUGUGUGCAUGUGUGCAUGUGGGCAUGUGGGCAUGUGUGCAUGUGGGCAUGUGUGCAUGUGGGCAUGUGGGCAUGUGUGCAUGUGGGCAUGUGGGCAUGUGUGCAUGUGUGCAUGUGGGCAUGUGGGCAUGUGUGCAUGUGGGCAUGUGUGCAUGUGGGCAUGUGGGCAUGUGGGCAUGUGGGCAUGUGGGCAUGUGUGCAUGUGGGCAUGUGGGCAUGUGUGCAUGUGUGCAUGUGGGCAUGUGGGCAUGUGUGCAUGUGGGCAUGUGUGCAUGUGUGCAUGUGGGCAUGUGUGCAUGUGGGCAUGUGGGCAUGUGUGCAUGUGGGCAUGUGUGCAUGUGGGCAUGUGUGCAUGUGGGCAUGUGUGCAUGUGGGCAUGUGGGCAUGUGUGCAUGUGUGCAUGUGGGCAUGUGGGCAUGUGUGCAUGUGGGCAUGUGUGCAUGUGGGCAUGUGGGCAUGUGUGCAUGUGGGCAUGUGGGCAUGUGUGCAUGUGUGCAUGUGGGCAUGUGGGCAUGUGUGCAUGUGGGCAUGUGUGCAUGUGGGCAUGUGUGCAUGUGGGCAUGUGUGCAUGUGGGCAUGUGGGCAUGUGUGCAUGUGUGCAUGUGGGAAUGUGGGCAUGUGGGCAUGUGGGCAUGUGUGCAUGUGGGCAUGUGUGCAUGUGUGCAUGUGGGCAUGUGUGCAUGUGUGCAUGUGGGCAUGUGGGCAUGUGUGCAUGUGGGCAUGUGUGCAUGUGGGCAUGUGGGCAUGUGUGCAUGUGGGCAUGUGGGCAUGUGUGCAUGUGUGCAUGUGGGCAUGUGGGCAUGUGGGCAUGUGGGCAUGUGUGCAUGUGGGCAUGUGGGCAUGUGUGCAUGUGGGCAUGUGUGCAUGUGGGCAUGUGUGCAUGUGGGCAUGUGGGCAUGUGUGCAUGUGUGCAUGUGGGCAUGUGUGCAUGUGGGCAUGUGGGCAUGUGUGCAUGUGUGCAUGUGGGCAUGUGGGCAUGUGGGCAUGUGGGCAUGUGUGCAUGUGGGCAUGUGUGCAUGUGUGCAUGUGUGCAUGUGGGCAUGUGGGCAUGUGUGCAUGUGGGCAUGUGUGCAUGUGGGCAUGUGGGCAUGUGUGCAUGUGGGCAUGUGUGCAUGUGGGCAUGUGGGCAUGUGGGCAUGUGGGCAUGUGUGCAUGUGGGCAUGUGUGCAUGUGUGCAUGUGGGCAUGUGUGCAUGUGUGCAUGUGGGCAUGUGGGCAUGUGUGCAUGUGGGCAUGUGUGCAUGUGGGCAUGUGGGCAUGUGUGCAUGUGGGCAUGUGGGCAUGUGUGCAUGUGUGCAUGUGGGCAUGUGGGCAUGUGGGCAUGUGGGCAUGUGUGCAUGUGGGCAUGUGGGCAUGUGUGCAUGUGGGCAUGUGUGCAUGUGGGCAUGUGUGCAUGUGGGCAUGUGGGCAUGUGUGCAUGUGUGCAUGUGGGCAUGUGGGCAUGUGUGCAUGUGGGCAUGUGUGCAUGUGGGCAUGUGGGCAUGUGUGCAUGUGGGCAUGUGGGCAUGUGUGCAUGUGUGCAUGUGGGCAUGUGGGCAUGUGGGCAUGUGGGCAUGUGUGCAUGUGGGCAUGUGGGCAUGUGUGCAUGUGUGCAUGUGUGCAUGUGGGCAUGUGUGCAUGUGGGCAUGUGGGCAUGUGUGCAUGUGGGCAUGUGGGCAUGUGUGCAUGUGUGCAUGUGGGCAUGUGGGCAUGUGUGCAUGUGGGCAUGUGUGCAUGUGGGCAUGUGUGCAUGUGGGCAUGUGGGCAUGUGGGCAUGUGUGCAUGUGGGCAUGUGGGCAUGUGUGCAUGUGGGCAUGUGGGCAUGUGUGCAUGUGUGCAUGUGGGCAUGUGGGCAUGUGUGCAUGUGGGCAUGUGUGCAUGUGGGCAUGUGGGCAUGUGGGCAUGUGUGCAUGUGGGCAUGUGUGCAUGUGGGCAUGUGUGCAUGUGGGCAUGUGUGCAUGUGGGCAUGUGGGCAUGUGUGCAUGUGUGCAUGUGGGCAUGUGGGCAUGUGUGCAUGUGGGCAUGUGUGCAUGUGGGCAUGUGGGCAUGUGUGCAUGUGGGCAUGUGGGCAUGUGUGCAUGUGGGCAUGUGGGCAUGUGUGCAUGUGUGCAUGUGGGCAUGUGGGCAUGUGUGCAUGUGGGCAUGUGUGCAUGUGGGCAUGUGUGCAUGUGGGCAUGUGGGCAUGUGUGCAUGUGUGCAUGUGGGCAUGUGGGCAUGUGUGCAUGUGGGCAUGUGUGCAUGUGGGCAUGUGUGCAUGUGGGCAUGUGGGCAUGUGUGCAUGUGUGCAUGUGGGCAUGUGGGCAUGUGUGCAUGUGGGCAUGUGUGCAUGUGGGCAUGUGGGCAUGUGGGCAUGUGGGCAUGUGUGCAUGUGGGCAUGUGUGCAUGUGGGCAUGUGGGCAUGUGUGCAUGUGUGCAUGUGGGCAUGUGGGCAUGUGUGCAUGUGGGCAUGUGUGCAUGUGGGCAUGUGGGCAUGUGUGCAUGUGGGCAUGUGGGCAUGUGUGCAUGUGGGCAUGUGUGCAUGUGGGCAUGUGGGACUCAUCUCGGAUGGUGACCUGUCCGCGGCAGGGAAUGCCCUCCACUGUCUGCCACGUCAGCACGCGGUCGGGCGGCGAAUCACUUAG